AUGCUAAAUCACGCGUCGUCUCUCGUCGGCGACACUGCUCGUCUCAGGUGUCGCAUCGAUGGCAAAUCUUGUGGAGAAAUGCACAGCAUCAAGUGGUAUAAGGCUGACACCCGGGUCUACGUGUAUUCAGCGUCGAAGGACGCAGCCAUCAAUAGGCCAGAGGGAGACAUGAUGGAUAGAAUGUCAAUAUCCCACGAGCCAAACGCAACAUAUGCUGAGCUGGUGAUCACCAAUGUGAAGGCCGAUGAUGAAGGCGUCUAUCGUUGCGAGAUCACGUACCUUCAAGUUGGCGAGGAUUGCAACACCGUCCAGGUCACAGACUUCCAUACUUACAUAAAACCGAAGUCCGUUAUAGUAACAACAGGAGACGGUAAAACGAUAGCCGAUGGCCAGGUAUACGGUCCCCUCCUAGAACGUGCUAGAGUGAAUGUGACCUGCUUGGUCACAGAAGGAAAACCUCAGCCGAAGGUGACUUGGUACUUCAAUGGAAAGGAGCGAUUAGAUGCACAAACAAUCACUGAACAGUCAAUAGUGAAGCAUGUUCUACCGCUGACAGUGACACGGACGGAGUUGGGCGGAGAGCUUGUCUGCAAUGUAUCGUCUGCCGCCCUGGAUACUCCCAUCAUUCGAUCACUUAAGCUGGAUGUUAGAGUGCCGCCAAACAAAAUCGCCAUAUCUGGUGUCGGCGAGCAUGUCACCCAGGGUACGCUGCUGACGCUCAUGUGUGUGGUGUCCGGAGCAAGACCAGCAGCUACCAUCGAGUGGUACAACGGCACUGAUCUGUUGACGACGGAAACGCAAAAUAUACAGCAAAAAGAAGUCGAAUCGAGUGACACGACUGUCUCGACCAUGUCCAACCUUACCUUUGAAGCGACUCGUUUCGAGAACGGCCGCAAGUUCAUUUGUAAAGCUGUCAACGAAGCCAUGAGGGACAACAACGACCAUCCAAUACACGCCACUAGGGAAUUAGAGGUUUGGUACCCACCAAUCGUUCACGUCGGACCACCUAAUAUAACAGUCGUGGAAGGCACCAAGAUCUUACUCAAGAGCGAAUAUGAAAGUAAUCCGUCAUCCCUCCGCGACGUCGUAUGGUACCGCAACGGCCAAAGAUUGAAUGUAAACACGAGUCACUAUAACGGAGGCACAACCGACCAGCAUGCGUUGAUAAUUCUGGACGCAAAUGGAGACGACAUGGGAAACUACACCUGCCUCCUAGCUAAUAUUGUUGGCAAUGGUACCACAGAAGAGAUUAUAAGUGUCAAUGUACUAUUCAAACCCCAAGUCCGGCUAACAAUGAGUCCGGAAAGUCCAAUUCUAGAGACAGAUCAUAAAAAUGUAACACUCACUUGUGAGGUCGUGUCCGGCAACCCUUCAGUUUUGGAUGAAGUUAUCUGGUACUUGGAUGGAGAAGUACUAAAGCAUUUACCUGAAUGCAAUGGCACGGAUGAAAACCUGUGCAAUGAAGUGGACCCCUCGAUGCUCCUCUUACAAGACACCACAAAGAGCUUCCACGGAAACUACUCUUGUAAGGGCAAAAACUACGCUGGCUGGGGAAACGAGAGUCAAAAUACCGAAUUGAUUGUCAACUAUCCACCUGGACCAGCAAAGUUGACCUACUCGCCGUGGAGAGUUGUGAAAGGGAAAUCCCUUGUUCUGAGCUGCAGCAUACAGGAGAGGGGAAGACCGGAAGCCCAUAGGUUCCGAUGGCACCGUGGUGGUCGUGUUGUCAGCGAUAUCGUAUCUCAAAACUGGACCAUCGAUCCUGUGACUCUAGAUCACAGGACUAACUUCUCCUGUCGUGGUAUCAAUUCAGGUGGUGAAGGAGAACCGGCCUUUGUUAAUAUUGAUGUGCUUGCGCCACCAAGUUUCAAGUACGCAAUGAACCACUACAGUGGAGCGUUAUAUAAAUCUCAAAAUAUAUCUCUAUCCUGCACGGUGGAGUGCGCCCCUCUUUGCAGCGUGCAGUGGCUGAAGGACGGUCAAAUUAUCGAUCCUAGUAAAACCGACCGUUACUAUGUGGUAGAGAGAAAAAUAGAACCGCAGGUCAAUAGAAAUGACUUCGAAGCGACAGAGUCUACAUUGCACUGGAAUAUGUCAGCAUGGUCGGGAGGUGUUCUAUCUCGUUCUGCUGACACAGCGCGGUAUACUUGUCGAUCGUCAAGGAAUGCAGCAGGUCCGCCUGUCAACAGCACCACAAAGUUCGCUGUAGAAUAUGAACCAGAAAACAUAACAGUUACUCCCAGGGUCGUGUCGGUGAUUGAAAAUGAAAUUCCUGCUAAAGUUGUUUGUUCUGCCAAAGGUUUCCCCAUGCCAAGCUACACUUGGCGCCGAGAGCAGCCAAAUAAAAGUUCAGCGAAGGAACAUACCAACAAUUCCCUAGCUCUCUCUUCUUCUAACACACUCCUCCUCGGUCCCGUAGCGAGGAAGGAUGCUGGCAAUUAUGUGUGCGAAGCCUAUAAUAGACAUGGAGCAGUGAACACUACAGUGGUUAUGGAUGUAAUGUUUGUUCCCGAAUGUGGCAUAAAGCAGGUGGAAGUGGAAGGUCAGCAGGUCCUCGCGUGUACAGCUCAUGCGAAUCCAAGCGAGGUCACCUUCACCUGGAAACUAAAGAAUGACAACGACACACUGACGGACGAGAAAAUCUGGGACGAAGGUGUUCAGAGCUUCCUUCGACUGAGUUCCAGUGUCGACGUGUACAGAACUUAUUUGUGUCUAGCCAGCAACAGCGUUGGCACAUCCAGGCCGUGUGAGAGGGAUGUUAUGGGUAACAAGGUAUGGUGGCGUGACAGGCAGAAGCUGUUCUUGAUAGGAGGCAUCGCUUUGGCAAUUCUCGUAAUCAGCGUGAUCCUCUGCAUCAUUAUUAUCUGCAUCUGCAGACGAAUGCGGGCUAAAUCGAAGUGCCCACCUACGAAUGGCGUAGAUAAUGCAGCAAACGGCAACCUUGGAGCGGACAAUCCGGGUCUCUAUGAGAACCUGCCGUUCCAUGGUCUACAACAACCUCCCAAUAAGCCAGUGCAAGCUAUACAGCCUAGAGUGAUAGAUCCUAACAAAAAGAAAGGCACAAGUGUGGAAUCAUUACAACGGCAACUGAAAACUAACCCCUCAUUCACGCCGAGAGUCGUUUGUCCACCAUUCGUUCAGAAUGCUAUUAGUUACCCAAUUACAUCACCAGAUUCUCUGCCGACUUAUGGAAUAUCAGUUUUGUCACCGAUACAACAAAUGUUUCCCCUGCCACAAACAGUAUUACUCAAUCCAUACCUUCCACCCAUGCCCAAUACUUAUCUUAAACAAUUCCCUACUAUUGAUGAAGAAAACAUAGAUCCUGAUUUAAGAAAAUUUAGUUCUUUGAAUACGAGGAAUGUCAAAUCUAAACCGCCAAAAUUUCAAUCGAUGAGAAUCGUUCGAAAGAGAAACAUAGAAAGAUUUUAUCCCAAUACAGAAUAUGGAGAAAAUUUUAAUGAAAUCAACAAUAAUGGCAAAAACGGCAACUCAGAGGAAGAUAAGGCUACGGAUAAUAUUUACGAGAAUUUUCCCUCUUUGUUGAAAUUCAAGUCUGAUAUAAGUGGUGUGGAAAAAUUCGAAAAUCUAACAGACUCUAUUCAAGUAUAUGAAGAAAGUUUAGAUCGAGAUGAUAUAAGUGCAUCCGUUACUUCAUUAAACAGGCCAAUACCUGCACCCAGAACUAAAAUAACACCAUUAUCUUCACCCGUUAACUCUGAUCACGUUUAUGUUAACUUAUCAAUGCCAUUAAUUAAUACAUUGUCUUUAAGAUCAAUUGACGUAAUUGAUGCUCCAGUGAGGACGACUAAAUCAGAGGAAAACAUUUCCAAGUUGUCAUCUCUACAAAUAAAUAAAGUAAGAGACGGUGUAGUUGGAGAAAAUCAGCCAUCUAAAUCGGAAAUACAUCUGAAUAUAAGCUCUGAUGACGUAGAAAAAACUGAAAUCGAUGGGACAAAACCGAAUAUUGUUGGGGCUACUCCAAAGAGAACAUUGGCUAUCCUACCGUCAACCUCUUUAGUCAAAUCUGUUGUUAGUCAAUUAAAUGAGCAAAAUAUCAACCGAGUUGGUCUGCCAAAAAAACAAGUAAUAGCGCCUAAAACAUUACAAAUACCAAAGCUGACUGAGAAACCGGUGCCAAAGAGAAACUUAAAACGUAGUAAUUCCGUAACUAGUAGCUUAAUAAGUAGUGAUGUAGAGCAGAAUACUAACAUCCUACAACACCAAUACCUUCAAAAACGAAAUCACUUUCCAAACAUCACUUCUAAAGGGAAAAAUAAAAAGAAUUUUCAAAUACCCUUACAGAAGCAUCACAGUUUCUGUUAUUUCCAACCAAUUAGAGUAGAUAAACGGAUCCCUGUAGAUCAAGAGAGAUCCUAUAACAACACCAUAGGCCCAAUGAUAUACCAACCGACAGACCCACAAUAUUACACCAAAACGUUAAAUAGAACAAGAGAAAAGAAUAGUCAGAGGUUAAAUCGUUUAAAAAAAUCUGAGAGUCUCAGAGAAAAACUAUCUUGCGUAGGAGUGUAUGAUAAUUAUGAAAAGCCUGAUUAUCCUGAACCAGAAUACAAUGAUUCUGAAAGGAAAUCAUAUUUACAGUUAUUAAAAGGCAAUUACAUAUCAAACUCAUCCCGACACAUAGAGCCAGAACAAUACUGUUCUAAUCUUAAUACUAGAGAAGAGAAACCUAAACAUAAGAAAUUAGUAUACGCAGACUUAGCGCUAGGUAAUGAUAGUACUAACAAAGAAACUAACAGUGGUUAUAAGAAUAAUGUAGGAAGUAGUCAAAGAAAGACGCAGCCUAGAAGUGAAUACGCUACUCUCAAAUUCAAUGAGAUAGAUCCAUUUAGACCAGAAGACCAAUUUAUAUACGCGGACGCAGAUAUGAAGGACUACGGCCCUAUCAACUACAAGGCAGCUUCGAUCUACGCUCAAAUGAAAAAAGUUAAGAAUCAACAGAAAAUGCAAGAGAUCUACGACGAGAACCAUCCCGACGACGACAUGUUGUGA